GCGAGGCCGGGUGAGUAUUUAGGUCUGGAACCCAUCCCAGGUUCGGGCCUCCAUUCCUCAUCGUUUGACCAUCGGUACUGGAAUAUACGGCUAUAGUACUCCUGGCGUGAGCCCCCAGAUCCAAAUCAACCACACCGAAAAAAAGCCAGCCAGCCAGCCAGCCACUGAGCUUGAUUACUAGGGGUUGCUUUAGCAUCCACAUCGGCCUCUACCACACCUGGUAUUCCUACCAUGUGCGAUUUCGAAGAGUUCAUCUUCACGUGCGGGUGCUCGGAGCAGCGGCUGCAGUCGUACUGCCACUACGCCCGCAACGACCCCCAGCACCGCUGCCGCCGGGUACGCAAGCUCAGGAGUGUCUGGGAUCAGAACGUCGAGUGCGAGAGGCACAUGAGGGAGCGCUGGAUGCAGUGGCAGUGGCAGCAGCAGCAAGGAGGCCAGGGCCAAGGGGGACAGGCAUCGUAGUGGGGGUUUUUUUGGGG